AUGACGUCACCAGCCUAUAAUAUCGCUUAUUCUAGGAAUACAACUUCAGAAGAAAACAUAGUUAUAAUGACUUCGACAACUUUUAAUAUCACGUAUUCCGAAAAUUUGACAUCAGAAGAAAGUUAUCCAAUGUCAUGUCCAUUCGCGAAUGCAGACGCCGAGUUUAUGAUCUAUAUCUUAUCAACUAUUAUUGCUUUGGCUGGAAACUUGGCUUUCUUCAUUGUGGUAAGCAAGGUGAAAGUCAUGAGAACUGUGACGAAUGUGUUUUUCAUGAACCUGUCAGUCGCUGAUAUCAUAUUCUCCUGUUACUAUUUGUUUUAUUCCAUAGCUGAAAAAUGGCAGUUGGAAUCUUUCUUGAAAUUUGACAUGCAAGGCGGACAGGCCAUCACGGAUAUUGGAUUUUGUGCUUCCUUGCUGAUAGUCGCAUUGAUCAGUAUCAAUCGGUACAUUGCAAUUUGCUUUCCAUUCAAAGCAUUACAGCUAAGGCUACAGAGUAAAUCCAGAGUUGUCACAUCGCUCACAGUCUGCUGGCUGUAUAGUAUAGUCGUCGCCUUGCUUGAUGUUAUCAGUUAUAUCAAUUACACUGACAGAACGUUGAUAAUUGUCGUUAUUCUUCUCAUGAUAAUCUGCAUAACACUCUCUGUCGUUACUGUCAUGACAACGUAUACACUGAUAACCAUUAAUAUGUUUACGAGGACCCCACCACGCUACUCAUCCCCGAAUAACAGUGAACAAUUUCAUACCUCAGACGAAACCCGAGUAUUGUUCGUCUGCGUGACGAUAACAGUCGUUUUCUUCAUUUGCUGUAUUCCUCUUGCCGCAUACUACGUAAUUUUAGCCAUCAAAAUAAUAUCAGGCAUAUCAGUAAUACCAAUAAGAAAUUCGAUUUGUUUACGUUACAUAGCCAGGGUAAUGAUACCACUCCAGUUUGCAGCGAAUCCUAUAAUAUACAACACUGGAAGUAAAAAUCACAGAGCCGCAUUCAGGAAAGUGUUUUGGCCGAAAAGUCAACAUGCACAACUUGAUUCUAAUCGUGAAAUCAACCGGUCACCUCGGAGUUUAACCAAACUGAGCAUGGAAAUGCCCACCUGUGUGGAAAGGCCAGCCACUUUAGAAACUGAUACCUGA